ACCUCUUUUCAUCCUCCUUCGCAAAGUGCUGCCUUUCAUGGGCGCACGAAACACCACUCGGACGUCGAAGACGACGUCGAUAUGGACCUGGCCGAGGUCGAAUAUGAUGGCGGCGCACGAUUGACAUGUCCAGGAGAUUACAUCACGUCUUCGCAAGCUUUCAUGCGCGGGCAUGGCACUUAUGUCGAGAACGACCAAGUCAUCGCCUCUGUAGCGGGCACUGUCGAACGUGUGAAUAAGCUGGUAACGGUACGCGCCAUCCGAACUAGGUACAGCCCAGAGGUUGGCGAUCUCGUUGUGGGCCGAAUUACAGAAGUGCAGCCUAAGCGGUGGAAGGUCGACGCCAACUCCCGGCAGGAUGCCGUCCUGAUGCUCUCGUCAGUGAACCUUCCCGGAGGAGUGCAGAGACGAAAACUGGAAAGCGAUGAAUUGCAGAUGCGCACAUUCUUCGAAGAGGGUGAUCUGCUCGUCGCGGAGGUGCAGGCGUUCUUCUCUGACGGCGCCAUGUCGUUACACACACGUUCGCUCAAGUACGGCAAGCUGCGCAAUGGCCAACUCAUCGCGGUCCCGCCCAUCCUGGUCCGACGGCUCAAGUCGCAUUUCAUCACGCUGCCGUGCGGGGUGGACUUGAUCCUGGGGCUGAACGGGUAUAUCUGGGUGAGCAAACACGUGAAAGAUAAUGACCAGGAAGGCGAAGAGGGCUUUGACGCCGAGGCUGUGUAUUCAAGUCAGAACGACGACAUUGAUGAGGCAACUCGGUCAGCCAUUUCGAGCGUGACCAAUAUAAUACGGGUGUUGGCGGCGCAUUUUGUGCCGCUCACGGAUGCAAUAUUGUUGGAGGCGUAUGCGUGGGUGAUGGACCAGGAGAUAGGUACCAAGGACAUUCUCCAAGAGGAGACCAGCGAUUUCUUGGUGGCUGCAUUGACCAGUUCGAGAGAAUAAGUAAAGGCCGUGGUUUGUGCAAUAGGAGGUCUGAUCAGCGAGCCCGCGGGCGGCCAUGUGCUGACCUAUGGGAGCGAGUACCUUCUAUCUCACAGAUUUGCCCGAUUGAAAGUUUCGCCCGCGUGCGGCGUUACGGCACUGUCGAAAGGCAGA